UCUUUCUUUUCUCAUUUUCCCUCCUAGCUCCUACUCCCCUGUCUCUGAUUUGUGCAUCUACACUAUAAAAUAUAAUAUUAUGUAAUCAUGUUGAAGAAACUAGGAAUAUAAUAUGAUUUAAAUUGCAAGCUUCGUACUCUUAUGGUGUCUGUGAUUUCUCAGAGCGAAGCAUAGUCUUCUCUUUCGCACCUUUCAAUCUCAAUCCGAUGGAAGAAGAAUCUAGGGUUUGAUAGUGCCAAGUUCAUCAAGGUCCGUCCUUUGAUGCUUUUCUCAUUAUUUUUCUUACUGGAAAUCGGGUCGAUUUCUGUACUUUCCCAGAUUUUGUGUAGACUCCUUUUCCCCAUUAUUCGCAGUCCCAGUGGAUAAUUGCUGCUCAUCGCUGGGUCUUCAUUUUCCUAGCCUUUCAUGAGCUGACAAUUUCAGACUUAGAUUGAAAAAAUCCACCGUUUGGCUCGUUGUCUUACGUAAAUGGGAUUCUUCGUUCCUGUGUCUUAUAAUUUGGCGCAUGUGGUCCAAAUGUCUUCUAUAUUUGUAAACAUAUGGGAUUUUCUGGGUUUCUGAUGUUCUUAUCUUAAGUUUCUGGUCACCUGAGCUUUGAAGAAUUACGUUUUUACCUUGAUCUCUCUAACUGUUAGAUUUAGCUAGAAGCUAAUAUGGAGGAGGUUGAAGAAGCCAACAGAGCAGCCGUUGAAAGCUGCCAUAGAGUCCUAAGUCUGUUGUCUCAGCGCCAGGAUCAGGUUCCUUAUGGCAAUUUAAUGGUGGAAACAGGCGAGGCUGUGUCCAGAUUCAAGAAAGUUGUUUCCUUGCUCAAUAAUGGUUUGGGUCAUGCAAGAGUCAGGAAGCUCAAAAAACUUCAAAUCCCUUUUCCUCAGAGUAUUCUUUUGGACAAUCCAAAUUCCAAAUCAAACCAUUGUCCCAAAAAUCUGCUGUCUCUGCAACCUAGCUCUUCUGACAAUUCAAUUCAGGAGUUGGGCUCAAAUAUUGGAAACUCACUGUCUCUAGGGAAACCAUCUUUGGAAUUGAGUUCAAGUGGCAAAAAUCCCCUACACCUUACCCCUUCAGCGUCAUCUCCGCACUAUCACUUCCUUCAGCAGCAGCAGCAAAGAAUAUUGCUACAACAGCAACAAAUGAAACACCAAGCAGAAAUGAUGUUUCGAAAGAACAAUAGUGGAAUCAAUCUGAAUUUUGAUAGCUCUAGCUGCACACCCACAAUGUCAUCCACUAGAUCUUUCAUUUCUUCCUUAAGCAUAGAUGGAAGCGUAGCUAACUUGGAUGGGACUGGGAGUGCCUUCCAUUUAAUUGGAGCUCCACACUCUUCAGAUCAGAAUUCACAUCACAAGAGAAAGUGUUCUGGCAGAGAUGAAGGCAGUGUGAAAUGUUGGAGCAGUACUAGAUGCCAUUGCUCAAAGAAGAGAAAGCAUAGAGUGAAGAGGUCAAUCAAAGUGCCUGCCAUUAGCAACAAGCUUGCUGAUAUACCCCCUGAUGAUUAUUCAUGGAGAAAAUACGGGCAGAAGCCAAUCAAAGGCUCUCCUCAUCCUAGAGGAUACUACAAGUGCAGCAGCAUGAGAGGGUGCCCUGCUAGGAAACACGUGGAGCGGUGCUUGGAAGACCCUUCGAUGCUAAUUGUUACAUAUGAAGGUGAGCAUAACCACCCUAGAAUAUCAGCACAAUCUGCAAAUGCAUGAUUCAGUUUGGAUCGUGUCGGUGCUGUACAUAGUCGUAACUUGUAAGUGGUGCAAGCAUGGAUUUGGGAGGUUUGGCUGAUGAGCGAUCUAGUUAGGAAGUGAAGAUAAGAAGCAGCGUCCAGAAAGCAGAUAUCUGUAAAAUGGGUAGUUUCAAACGGUAAGAACCAUGUCGUUUAUCACAAGCAUGUUAUGAACAAUUUAGGAGAUUCUCCAAGAAUGGAAUGCCUUUCAAAAAAAGGUGAUAUUUUGCCUUGAUUACCAUGAAGAUCUUGUAGUUUGAUUGUGAGGGAAUAUCUUUAGUCUGACAUAUAUGCAUCAAAGAAAGCAUCUGCUAGUGAGCAUUCGUGUCCUUCCAGGUGUACUCUAAUUUAAGAGUAGGGUUAAAUAUACAGUUUUUCUCGCAAUA